UUAGUGCACGCGCGCUGUAUCUCAGGUUGCGAGCGUGGGCCGUUGGUUCCGAGCUGUGUAACGGAGUGGAGGGCAUGCUGUGCGCGGUAUACUGAGGAGAAGAGGACGACGUGUAGCUGAAGCAGCACCAUGUCUUUGUUUCGUCCCCUGUCAGCGCGGAGGGCGCACAGAUACCAGACGUUUUCUCCCGCCGUGAGUUGCAGCCGUCUGAGAAAAAUACAAAAUAUUCUUACAAAAAGCAGCAAGUCGGCUCCGCAUGGUAUUCUCUGCAUUUUAGGAAUUGACAGCCGGUACAAUGAAGGAUGCAAAGAACUUGCAAAUUAUCUACUUUUUGAUUUAUAUAGCCAAAGAAAUUCUGACUUUGAAAGAACCGGAUUUCCAGAAGAAGUUCUGGAUGAUGUCAUAAUCCUAAUAAAAUCUGAUAGUGUCCACCUGUAUUGUAAUCCUGUAAACUACAUGUAUCUUCUUCCGUUCGUGAGCUGCUGGAGAAAUCUUCAUUUUCAUUGCAUGACAGAAAGUGAGUAUGAAGAUGAGGAAGCUGCAGAAGAGUUUAAAAUAACCAGCUUUGUAAACAUAGUCCAUGACUGUGGUCGAAUUGGCAUUCCUUAUAGUUCCCAAGGUCACCUACAAAUGUUUGACAUGUUUAAUGUGGAAAAAUGGCCAAUCGUACAAGCUUUUGCACUGGAUGGCAUAGGUGGAGGUGGUUUCUUCACAAUGAAGCAUGAGCUAAUGGAUGUUAGCGAGUCACUCUGGAAGAUAUACAGCAUAAUGGAUCCAGUUUCUUUGGAAGCAUUGCUCAUGGAGGAUUUGCUUGCAUUCGAGAACCAGUGGACCAACUUCUUUGCAAAUUUUGAAACCGAAAUUCCUUAUAUGCUUGAGCUCUCAGAAUCUCAAGCAGGGGAGCCAUUCAGAAGUUAUUUCAGCCAUGGGAUGCUUUCAAGCCAUAUUACAGAUAACAGUCCCUACCGACAGCCCUUUGUCCUGUUUGGCAGUCAUUCCACUAGAGAGAACCUGAAACCUGGCAGAUUUAGCUUUCCAUCGGAAGGUCAUUUGGUUAGAAACACUGGCCCUGGAGGCAGCACAGCUAAACACAUGGUGGCACAAUGUGUGUCUCCCAAAGGACCCUUGGCUUGCUCAAGAAGUUACUUUUUUGGAAGCACACAUGUACCUUACUUAGGAAAAGAUAAUGAAGCACACAAGAAAAAUGAACAGAUUAACACACUGUCACAAAUAUAUGCUGCUGUGGUAGAAGCGGUUUUAUCUGGUAUUGCCUGCUAUGCCAAAACUUCAAGUUUAACAAAGGCGAAGGAUAUUGCAGAACAGAGUCUCUGGUCUCAUUUAGACUCGUCUAAACUUGUGCAACUCAAAUCUGCUCUAAGGUCUAAAGUAACAUUUCAAAUUGAAGCUGUAAACAGCCUAGGAAGACUUGUGCCCUUGGAUGAUGAGGAGAGCUUUCAUUUAGUUAAAACUGCCUCCAUGACUGUGUAUGACAUUCCCGACAUGCUAAAUGGAGCAGGAUACUUAGGAUCUGUUGUGUUUUCUGAAUCAUUUUUGAAAUCCCAGAUAAAUGUGAAAGAGAAAGAUGGCACUAUUACUACAGAUCAUAGCUACAUUAUUUUGACUGCAGCUGUGCCACGAUUUGUUUCCUGGCUGGUUGAAGAUAAUGAAGUGAAACUGUCAGAGAAAGCAUUGAGCACUGUGAAGGAACAUGCAUCUUUUCUUGGUGGUUUGCUCACAGGAGGCGAUGGGGCCUACAUGUGCUCCAGUAGUUUGCAGAUUGGGCCUGAGGAAGGUAAAUUGUAUUUCUUUUCUGAUGGUAUUUUGUUUCUUCACCCAUAUUAUGGAAGCAUUACAAUUUCAAGAAAUCAUGUGAAUUCAGUCAAAUUUUAUGAUGGGGACUCAACAAGUGUUGUAGCUGCUCUCUUUGUUGAGUUUAAAAGUUCCUUCCUUCCGCAUCUUCCUAUACAUUUCAGUGUUCCAGGAAACUUUCUCAUGUUUGCACUUUUUCCAAAAUCAAAAACCUAUCGCACUUUUUACUCACAGGUGUUACCAUCUUGGCAGCAACAGACUGAGAACUUUGGAUGCCUUUUGAGAGUAAUUCAAGAAGAUCAAGUCUCUGAAGAGCAAAGAAAUAUUUACUUGAAUAUGCAGAAUCUCUUUGAAGCAUUGUCUUAUCCAACAGCAGAGAGAUGGAGCCAUCUGAAAAUGGCAUCUGCUAAUCUUCCAGGUCUAGAAAGUUUCUUACAGCACUUUGCAGUCAGUAGUGUCAGCUAUGAGCCAAUACCCAGAAUACAUCUUCCUGUGGUGCUUCCGCAAUCAGAAAUCACUGUAGCAAACAGUUCAGAGAACGACAAGGUUCCUAUCUCAAUUAUAACAGGACUACCAGGAAGUCAUUGCAAUGGCCUUUGUGCGUUUCUUGUGUCAUUUCAAAAAGAAUGUGGAAGGUGGAUGGUAUAUCGCCAGAACAAUGAUGGAUCAGAGCAUUUUAACUCCACUCACUUUCAGAGAUACCUUUCAAAUGUUCUGGAUGUGCAGCGUAAUCGCAGCAGUCGCCCAUCUGUAUAUUCCAGGAAAAAGAUGAGGCUCCUUGUUGUUUUAGAGGGGUACGUAGAUAUUAUUGAUGUUGUUCAGGCUUUGCAGACUCACUCUGACCCUGAUGUUAAGUUGACAUUCCAAAUUGGUGCAGUUACUACAUGUGUAGAUCCUCUCAGCUGCUUUAUGGAGCACAGGUUCCAAUUCCCCAAAUUCCUGGAGGAAUGUGCACAAGGCAUUGUGAGCAACAUAGUCAUCACCACUCUUACUACAGAGCAGCGGCAUCCCUGUCUUGUACUUCUUCAGAAGCUCAUUAGGAGUGUGAAUCCUGGGGCUGGUUUUAUUCUAGCAGAGAAAGGAAUUGUAACCAGAAAUGAGGAUAUUGAAAUGGUCCUGUCAGAAAGCAGCUUUUCAAACCCACUGAUGUUGAGAACACGUUAUCUGAUGUACCCAGGCUGGCAUGAUGGUAAAUUUUCUGCUGGGCCUGUCUCCCCAAAAAUGGAUCAGAUCAGUGUGUGGUUUAGCCGUCCUUUAGAAAAAGCUAGAUUUAUGACACAAUGUAAAGCUAUCAAGAACUUCAGCAAAGCAUUUCCUUUUUUCGGUAAUAUAUACCACAUCAUGGGUAGAGUCAAGUUCUCAGAUUCCGAGCAGAUAAUGGAAGUGUGCCAUAGCACUUUAACCAAUUCUCUGAGUCUUAUCGCUGUGGUUGAUGGACCAACACCACCUCCUGAUUCAAGACAUGAUCAGAGAGAAAAAAGUAUACAUCAGCAAUGUGUGCUUGUGUUCAGUGGUUGCUCCCUGAAAGAGGAAGUCAUAAAGGAAUGGCUGAGACAGUGUGCCAAGCAGAAACCUCAACGAAAACUUUUAAGGACAAGAGGAACAUUAACUCUGCAAGAAAUCCGUAGUAUCCAUGCUAAACAUCACUUGGAUCCACUUCCUCAAGGGUAUUUCUACAACGGAACUCAGUUUGUGAAUUUUCUUGGAGAAAAAACUGAUUACCAUCCCUUAAUGGAUCAGUUUAUAUAUGAUUAUGUGAAAGAGGCAAACCGAGAAAUAGAAAAAUACAACCGGGAGCUGGAGCAGCAGGAAUACUAUGACAUAUUUGGACAGAAGCUGUGAAAUGUUUAUCCUGCACAGCACCCAUUACACAGCAUUAUCAGGAGAAGUCUUUUUAAACACUUACUUGAGAGCCUUACAUGCUUUUUCUCAUGUGUUUAUUCUGUAUUUUUUAUUUUUGUCUAAAUGCUUUAAUGAUUCCAAUUUAUAUCAUCAUAAGGUUAGAAACGGAUUGUUUUUUUCUAACCUAUAAACUAACUCCUUGCUCCACACUGCAAGUGUAGCAUUGAGAACGGAUCAAACUACAAAGAGAAGUUAUAAGCAAUUUUUUUGUUAUAUGGAGAUAACUGAAGUUAUUUAAAAAAAAAAAAAAAGACUAACACACCAAAGUGAAAAAAGUGUGCUUUGUAUUAUGUAGACAUGCAGAAAUACUUUUCAUUCCACAAGAUACAAAGAAGCCAUGUUAAACCGCCAUUUCUUUUUCACAUGUUGCAUUUCACUCUGUCUACUCCGUGCCUAUUAUGUUUCUUUGAUUUUCUUUCCUCAUUCAAAAGUUUGUCCAUUCUGCAUCAUAAAAACAGUUUAAGAUUGUUUACACAAAAUAGAUCACCAUAAAUGUUAAAUCUUUUAUGUAUCUCAUAUAGAACACACAAUGAUGAUUUAUCUUUUUAUUUAUAUGUGAAACAUUCUUUUUCAUGGGAAAAUAUGUACUUAAAUGUAAACAUUUCAUUAUGGUAUUGUAUAGUUGCUUCAAGCACGACCCACAAGAUAUACAGGGAGACAAGUGUAGAAUUAUUUUUAACCUUUCAUAAUUUCUGCAUAGUCUUAACAGGUAGCAUUCUGUUUAUCCCAGGACAGCUGUUUUGGAAAGAUGCCCAGGUAUCAAAGCAUAUAAGUCAUUGAUAUGAUGAGUCUGUGCUAUUCUCAGAUUCCACUGUGCCAGCAAUAAUACUGGUAGGUAAUAUUUUUACACAAGAUAUCAUACAUGAUUAUUUUAUACAACAAGAUUUAACUGAUUGUAUUUAAGAAACAUGUUUUGUGGGUGGCCAAAAAAAUGGUCAACAAAUAUUAAAGAGUAAAAGAAUUUUUUUUUAUUUUUUUUUAAACUUUUAUUUAUGACCAAUAAAGGGUACAAAGUUACAAGAUUACACAAUGCGUCAACAACUCACCGCGCAGGGUGAGCUAAUAAGGCUGAAAUAAUACAGUAAGAUGUACUCUCGUACAUUAGCUUGUGUGUAGCUUUUUUUCGAUGGAUCAAUACGUAGUCUAAUGGGUUUGGGUUUGUACCACAAUAUUGUUUUAUUUUUUUUUUAUUGAAAAGUUAUUUCAAUCCUUAGAAGUAAUACAGGCUUACUAUAAGCUUUGUUUGGAUAGAACGAGCUUGUAUAGACUUUGGACCAUAUUUAAUUAAAAGUGCUGCUACUCCAGAAGAAUCGAGAGCUGUUAGAAAAAAAGGUUAAUCUUAAUCAAUAGACUAAGUGAAAAUCAGGCUAUUUGGGACACUUUUAUUGCCUGCAAACAACGUAUAUCUAGUAAAUUUCCAUGCAAUACAUUUACUAAGCCAAACUUGUAAAAACAAAUUCAGGGAGUAACACGGCUCUAUUAAUAUGGUACAAGAUGAUCAUUUCUUAUUACUACAAUGGAUGUAUCAUUUGGUCCAUUAUAGUUGAAACAGAGGUUCUUACCACUGUUUUAGAGCAUUGUCCAGCUAUAGUGUAUAACCGACAUUAGGUAUAGCAAUGUUUGCAUGAGGCCUUUAUAAUCAAUGCUUAAGAUCUUUAUGUGAACAUGAAGUUCUUCUGACAUGGAGCCUCUCUCCUGUCCAAGGCAUUCGUGUAGAAUCUUUUAGAUAUGUGUGGAUUAUCUAUGCAUGGAUACAGUUUAUAUAGUGCCUCUUAAUAUACCUACACAUAGGGAUUAGCAGGUGUCUAAGUUAAGCCAGUAUAAAGCAUAAAACUUUUUACAGCCGUCCUUUAGAGAAAUCGGAAAUGAUUAAGUUAAAAAAAGGGCAAAUAGUUAAAGUGCAAUUUUUAUAUAUAUAUGUUUGUGUGUGUGUAUAUGAUAAUGUGUGUGUGUGUAUGUAUAUAUAUAUAUAUAUAUAUAUAUAUAUAUAUAUAUAUAUAUAUAUACACACACACACACACUUACAGACACGCACUCGUAUUUGUGGGUGUAGAAAUAGACACAAGCACCCAAUAGUUGCCUAUAACAAAUUAUUUGGUUAGUUAUAUUUUUAUUCUGUGGGCCUGCUAAUAUUUGUGGACGUAACAUGCACUGCUAGCCUCUAUAGGGAGGAGUUUUAUAAAUAUAAGCCAUACAGAUAUAGAGUGGUUUAUUGUAGGGUCUUACUUAGAGUAGAUGAGGCGUGCAUUGUAUUAGCAUGCCUUUUGUUUAACCAUUAAUAGUAAGCCACUAUGGAUAAAAAUCAAGUAAUAACAAUGUUAAAUAUUUCACAUGCAUUCUGCAACUCUUUAAAGAGUAGACUUGUGCCGCUUUUUGCAGAAAAAGGCUGAUGAUAUCUGCAUACGGUUUGUGUGCAAAGCUAAAUAAUUUUAUAAAUCACUAAUCAGCGUAAUUACGUAAAGAGCUGCACAUUCUAGCUCAUGUUUUAAGGGCAAAGAUAAUCUUAUUACUAAAGUAAUAUUAAGUGCACCUUGAAUUAUUCAAUAAUCGUAUGUUGUAAUUAAAAAAUAGUUUUAAAAAAACUAUUUCUAAACAAAUUAGUUUAAAAGUACAAUUAGCUUACCUCAUCUAUUUUGUUGCUGUGAUUUUACUAGAAGUUGCAGAAAACUGUGAUGGUGCUAUUACUUGAGAUAGCAGUGCCUUGCAUAUGUUAUCUCUCAUGAGUCUGAAUUGCCUGUAUGAGGGACCGUUGCUUGUAAUGGUUUUCUCAUGAGUUUUCAGAGAGAUACAGUGUUGGUGAAAGGAUUUCAUGUGUACUUAAUAAACUUAGGUAAGGUAUGAGCACAUUAUGUCUAUAGGGAAAUGAAAAAAACUCUUUGGGGACUGAAGAGGGUAUAUACAAUACAGCUGACCAUCAGCUGGUUAUCUCAAGAUUUUCAACAGAGCCUAAUUUUAUUCUUGCUAGAAUUGUAUAUAGCAUGUUGUAUACUCAAUACAGAGAAAUAAAAUUGACUAUUUUUAACUACUAUCAAAAUCUCUCUUUAACCAUUUAGCUGCCAAAGAGGGCUUAUUUAAGGUAGCCGUCAAUAUCAGCGAUGGGGUAAAGAACAUUUUUUGUAUGACUACAAAAAAAGUGCCAUUACACUGUGUUAUCUUCUUACAGCAUAGGGUAAUGCUGAAAGUGACUUAAGCACACGGGAGUGCUAAUAGAGUCCUCAAGGAGUUUACCUGCUUUGUGACCUUAUCAUUGGCAGCUUGUGUUUUUUUUUAUCACAGAAUGAGUGUGACUUGAGUUGCUGAAGUUAUAGGGAUGGGAAAAACAAUGUGACAAAACUACAGAAAGGGAACGUUCAAGCGACUGUUUCUCAAUUCUGUUUCAAACACUACUUAAAAUAAAUAAAAAGCUGCUGAAUUACACAUUUUAAGGGAAAGAUUGUGAGUCAGAAAUGACAGGAAAAUUCACAAAUUUGAUUUGUUCCCUCUUGAUUUUUUCAAUAUUUUGUAUUUUGUUUUGCACAGCUCCAAAAAGUAGGAUAUCUUUACGGUAUUCUCAAAAAAAGGGACAUUGUAAUUUUAGUAGGAAAAUAGAAACUGUGACUUAGAAAAAUAGUGUUCAUUUAAUUUUAGUUUUUAAAAUGAGUACCUCAAAUAUUUUGUGAGAAAUCACUUUGUUUUCUUCACUAUUGUGAAAAGCUAAUAUUUAAAUGUCUCACUGAACAGUGUGCCAAAAUUCACUUUAUUAUUUGCUGGGUUUCAUUGAUGAUAUAUUUUGCAAUGUUUUUGUUUAUAAUGUUCGUUUUUUUUCCACAGACACUACUGUAACUUCAGUAAAAUUGAACUGUAUGAUUGAAGCUUUUGCUAACUAUUGUAUUUAUUACUACUUAGUAUAGAACAAUGUAUCAAAUUCCCUUAUCAUUUAUUUUUUUAUUCCGUUGAAUGUUUUUACUUGCAGUUGUGCAGAUCUGAUUUUUACACUUUUAAUUCCAGUGUAAUGCUAAAUAACAAUAAACUAUUUUAUGUCUGUUUA